AUGUUCAACCAAGUCAACGCCGUGCUGGCGGCCUGUGCCGUUGCUGGUCUCGCUCUGGGUGGCGUUGUCGCAGCUGGCGGAGGCUCUCCCGACGCUUGGUCGAGAGCGCCCAGUCCAGGGCGCUCGUCCGUGAAUCCUACACCUGAUCCUGCCCCUCAAGCGCCCCCGAGGAGAAGGCGUCCUUCCCCCCCGAACCGCUCAUCCCCACCGAGGAGUCCAUCUCCGCACAGAGACGGUUCUCCUGACGGAUCGUAUAGCCAUCUCGUUCUAUCGCUCCAAUGGCAUGGAGGCGUUUGCGCGGAUGGGAAGAGCGACGAUAGGCCGUGCGUCGGAGAGAGCAAGCGGGACACGUGGACCAUUCACGGGCUCUGGCCAAGCCAGGGUUUCAGCUCCCCGUCAUACUGUUCCGAAGAAGCAUUCGACGGUAGACGCCUCGAGAAACUGAAAGGUCAGCUCAAUCAGAACUGGCCCUCGUACACUGCGACUCAAGACCGUUACUUCACCUUUUGGAGACACCAAUGGCAGAAACACGGCACCUGCGCCAAUGAUGUUCCCCAGUUGAACAGCCUCGUGAAGUUCUUCGAGACCACUCUCAAACUAGCGAAGCAACACGACAUCAAAAAAUAUCUGGAGAACAGCAAUAUCAGGCCAAGCAGGCAACAGACGUACCAGCCCCAACAAAUCAUGAGGGCAUUCGCCGAUGAUUUGCCGUCCAAGCUCGACGUCGUCUGCAGUGACUUCAGGGGUAAAUCUGUUCUUUCUGAGGUCCGUCUCUGCUUCGACAAAUCCUUGAAGCCCAUAGACUGCAGGGGUCAAAGUUCACGUUGCGGGAACCAAAUUUACUAUCUCCCCGUUCAGUGA